AUGCCUGAGAAAAACCUUGUUUCGUGGAAUGCGGUGAUUUCAGGAUUAACCCAACAUGGGUUCCAUGAAAAUGGCCUGCAUUACUUCUCAGAAAUGAGGAAUUCAGGCUUAAUCCCAGACCAGUUUACUCUAGGAAGUGCCUUAAAGGGAUGCUCAGGCAUAGGAGCUCUGAAACUUGGGCAACAAAUCCAUGGAAACACAGUAAAGCUCGGGUUUCAAUCCAAUCUAUUUGUGGGUUCUUCUCUUUCUCACAUGUACAUGAAAUGUGGAGUCCUAGAUGAAGGAGAAAGAGUGUUUAGAGCCAUGCCUAUCCAUAAUGUGGUCUCCUGUAACACUGUAAUUGCAGUUGAAGCUCAAAAUGGGCAAUCUGAUAGGGCCUUAGACUACUCCAAAAAGAUGAACGCUUCAGGCCUGAUGCUUGAUAGGGUCACUUUUGUGAGUGUUAUAAUCUCUUGUGCAGAGCUAGCAACUCUUGGGCAAGGCCAGCAAGCUCAUUGCCACCAAGCCAUUAAAGCUGGGGUAGACUUGGCUCUAUCUCUGAGGAGUUCCCUGGUUGGCAUGUAUUCAAAGUGUGGGUGUUUGGCUUGA